AGAAACGCUGCAGUCACGUUUUUUUUGGAUGCCAUGCCAUGCUGCGGUAUCUCCGCUUGGCUCUCUGCAUCAAUGCGUGGUAGCGGACAAGAUGCGGAACCGCUCAAGGAAGCAGUUGAAGAACCCAUAGCUGUCAGUUGCACAACGCCAUCCUUUCAGAUGCCAUUGGAGUGGCACCCAGCCGUGGCCUUGAAGUUGCAGCAGCAUGCUGCGCAGCAGGCGGCCAAAACUGCGCAGUGGGCAGAGGUGAUUGGAUAUUCCACACCUUCCACCGUGGAUGUGGGAGGCGCCUCCCUUCGCUUGCGCCUAGACACCCCUGGUGUGCCUGGCAUGGAUCGCGCCGGGUCGCUGGCGCUGGGGAUCCGACGUGGGGAGGGGGACGCGUGGCUGCCGGCCAUUGCAGGAAUGCCUGGGCAUCACAAAGAUCGUGAAGGCCAUCCUCGUCAUGGCCUUUUGGAGGUCAUGGUCAUCGCUCGUCCCACGGUGCGUGGGAACGUGACUUUUUUGCAUGAGGAAGUGCUACGUAAGUGGACACCCGUGAGCCAGCAGGUGCAGCUGCUGCUGUUGUGGCGCCUGGGUGACUUCCACAUCGACGACGGCAGCGGCCCCUGGCUGCGCGACCGCAUUUUGAUUACGGCCUCAGAGGCGGAGGACCAGGCGCUGCCGUUGCCGGAAGCGCCUGGCCGUCAGGGCUUGGAUGGGCUGCUGCAGGGCAGCGGCCUAGUGGCGGUCAGAAAAGUGGAGGGCCCGCCGGCGGAUGAAUGGGAGCUGACCAGAAGGGGCCAGCUGCACAGAGAGGCCAAACUUGAGGAGCACCAGAUGCGCCAGAAGAUGCAAAGAGUCCCAUUUUCUGGAGAGCUGGCUGUGGAGGCUCUUGCGGGUCCGGACCAUGCCACCUUCAUCUUGGUGGAGCUGAACCGCACGCAAGACUCGGAGAUUUUGCAGGUUUUCCUGCAGCAAGACCUCUUGACCCGAUGCUUGCAUCAUAUCUUGACACCUGGGCCGCCCGGGUCGGUGAUGCUGAACACGGUGUGUGCCCUGUGCUUGGAAGUGAUUCGAGGUCCACAGAAUGCUUCCAUUCAGGCUGCCCGGGACAAGCUGCAUUGGGCCCAUUAUUGUGCUGUGCUGUCGAAGGGCUUGCUCUGUAGUGCCAAUCUGGGAGGCUCAAAGUUUUAUAUAAGAAUUGUGAACUUGGUGAACCGUGGUGUUUCAUCUAGUUGGGUCCGGUGGCUGGAAGAGUCAAGUGUGAGGCCGUAUGCCGCUUUCUGGAGGAAGGCAGCGGUUUGCAGGGAUUGGUGCGUCAAACGUUGCAUUUGCAGCACCGGGGCAUCACCAGUUUCGAAUUCAAAUGAAUUCAACAAAAUGGGGGUUUCCCGAAAAAGGUGUGCCCCAAAUCAUCGGUUUCUCCAUCGAAAACACCAUAAAACACCUAUCAUUUGGAUGAUUUUGGGGUCCCCAUGA